AGGGAGAGGAGACACGAACACGGAACAUAAAGGAAAAAAAAGGGAAUACCUAUAUCUCUCAUUUUCCAUGAAUUCAGAAUUUUCUUUCGGAAUUCAGACUUCUCUUUUCCUGUCUGGUUGUUGGUGAAAAAGGUCUACAUCUUGGUUUGUGUCUCCUCUUAUUGAGCUAAGGGGUCUUGGGGGAGCCUGGACAUUAUGGAGUUGGAUUGCAAUGGUUGGAUGUGGGAUGGUGUAUAUUAUUAUCCACAUUUAUUUGGUGGUGUAAUGCUUACUGCCGCUUUGCUCGGCUUGUCAACGGGCUAUUUUGGUGGGAUUAGUGUUCCUAGUUUGCCAUAUUUCUUGCCUGAUUUGAGGAUAUUUCACAAGAACAAAAGUGGAAGGAAACGCACUCGUGUUUACAUGGAUGGCUGUUUUGAUCUUAUGCAUUAUGGCCAUGCAAAUGCAUUGAGGCAAGCAAAGUCUUUGGGAGAUGAAUUGGUGGUUGGAGUUGUUAGUGAUGAGGAGAUUAUAGCCAAUAAGGGACCCCCUGUUUUGUCCAUGGAAGAGAGGCUUGUCCUUGUUAGUGGGUUGAAGUGGGUGGAUGAUGUCAUCACCAAUGCCCCUUAUGCUAUUACAGAGGAAUUUAUGAAUCGUCUUUUCAAUGAGCAUAAGAUUGAUUAUAUCAUACACGGUGAUGAUCCUUGCUUACUUCCAGAUGGAACCGAUGCUUAUGCCCUGGCAAAAAAAGUUGGGCGUUACAAGCAGAUCAAACGCACUGAAGGUGUAUCCAGCACAGAGAUUGUAGGAAGGAUACUUGCUUCUGCAAAGGAAAUAAAAGUUCGCGGAAGUCAGGAAUGCUCAUCUCUGCAUGGAGAACCUCAUAACCUAAAUAGCAUUCAGGGUGAGGAAAGUCGUGCCAAUGGUGAUCACAUAUCACAUUUUUUACCUACUUCUAGACGGAUUGUGCAAUUUUCAAAUGGCAGCAAGGGCCCUGGUCCAAAUGCUCGCGUGGUAUACAUUGAUGGAGCAUUUGAUCUUUUUCAUGCGGGACAUGUCGAGAUCCUCAAAAGUGCCAGGCAACUUGGAGAUUUUCUACUUGUUGGUAUCCAUAGUGACCACAUUGUCAGUGAACAGCGAGGGAUGCACCAUCCUAUUAUGCAUCUACAUGAGCGUAGUCUUAGUGUACUGGCCUGCCGUUAUGUUGAUGAAGUCAUCAUUGGUGCACCUUUGGAAGUGACAAGGGACAUGAUAACAACUUUCAACAUCUCUUUGGUUGUGCAUGGGACAGUUGCUGAGAGCAACACUUUCCUGAAUGGCAAGACUGACCCAUAUGCAGUUCCCAAGAGCAUGGGAAUUUUUCAGAUGCUACAGAGCCCAAAAAAUAUAACCACCACUUCAGUGGCCCAAAGGAUACUUGCCAAUCAUGAAGUUUACGUGGUUGAGCCUUUUCAUUUGCUUGAGCAUAAUAGAGAGAAGAAUUUAGGUUGUGGAAGAGACUCAGAAACGCAAUGCCAAGAAGGAAGCGAGUGAGAAGAAAUACUACGCAGAGAAGAAACAUGUGUCCGGGGACUGAAGCCUCCUUCGCUCAUAGACUUCAAACAGGUAGCUAUUGUAGAAUUUUCCUGGAUUUAUAAUCCGGCAUAUAGAGGCCUGUUCUGUUAGUGUGUAAGAUAGACAUAUGAGUAAGAUAGAUGUAUCAUUGGACGGAGAUUGUUGGAUCGACAGAGAAGAAGAAAGAAGAUAGGGACAUGGAAGAAUAUAAUAUACCGUCAUCAGUAUGGAAUUUUCGUUUGGCAUUUUGUUGUAAACUUUCCUCAAGAGUAAAAAUAGGAUGUUAGUCAUAACGGUAACUUUGUAUUUGCAGACGUGGAUUAUCUGACUUCGGUUUGUGGUUUUCUAUCUUUUUAGAAGAAUCUAAUAUUUAGCUUGAUACAUUUUUACUAUGUCAAUUGCUCAUCCUUUCAUCA